AUGGCCAGACCCAAGACAAAGAUUCCAACGGAUACAGCCAUCUCUGCUUCUCCAACUGUUCCACCGCUGGAUAUCGGUGAACAAUACAACGAGGAGGAAGACGAUGACUUUGACCCAGACGCCGCCACCGCCGAGCCGGACGGAAGCUCCUCCGAAGAUGACUAUGACGAGCCGGCCCAAAAAGGCAAGGACGUUCCCGACUAUACUCACAUCUCAGGUGGCGGCGGUUUGAUUAAAACCCGCACCCAGCGGGCACAGGAGGCACAGGAGUCGAAGUUUGCGCGGGUGGGACUUUCCAGAACGUCCGGAAUCGAUGUCAACAGUAUUUUCGACGAUAUGAAGAAGAUGUCUACGGAAGGGCGACUGUUCACACCCGAAUCCACGCGACUGACCCCCGCAGAAGAGCUCCAGGUGGAGCGAAUCCAGAUCGAGCGGACGUACGAGUUUGCGGGGAGGGUGGUGUCUGAGAAAAAAAUGGUGGAUGCCAAUUCCGCCGAAGCCAAGGCGUAUUUGAACUCCAGCAAGCUUGUGAUGGUUGAAACAAAGGUGGAGGCCCCGGAGGAGGUGAAAGUGGAGGAAAAGUUUACCAAGACCGGGUUGCCGCUUCGCCGCCCGUUGAAGCGUCCGUCGUUGAUUGAUUCGAUUCUCCUGAACCCGAAAGCGGUAAAGUUGUCAACGUUGGAGAAGUCGCGAUUAGACUGGGCCACGUAUGUGGACCAUAAUAAGAUCAGCGAUGAGCUCAAGACACAGGGGAAGAACGGGUUCUUGGACAAGCAGGAGUUCUUGCACAAGGUGGAUAUGAAGCAGUAUAAUGAUUUGAGAGAUUUGCGGAACAAGGAUAGGAAGACGAAUCCGAUAUAG